CCUUUAGCACAGAUGAUCUCUAGAAGCCAAUCUCACCUACCCUCUUGGCUUCUCUUGCUCUCAUGCAUCUGUCAUUCUGCGGAGAAGGCCGGCACUUCACAGCAAAGUUUCAAGAGCGACCUUUCCCACUUUUAUCACACAAUGAUUCUUGCAAAUGGCAAGGAAACCUCCAUCCACCUCGUCAAGGAUAUACCAAAAAGGUACUAUUUUGUUUUAGAGGAAGGCAGAAUGUCUGCACCAUUCGCAGUGACAGUGACGCCGUGCGAUGUCCCCAUCGAGUGGAACAUACGGGUCCACAAGACUUCUGCAAACUACCUCCGGAAGGAAGCACAUGAUAAUUUGGACAUCCACGAAGCCGGAAAGUUUCAGAAGACCACGAAGAUGGUGUCUACUCUUUAUAGCUACAGAGGCAAUUCUGUGGAAACCUACACGGGGAUGUCCUACUAUUCUGCCGUCUAUAUGCUCGAAUUCCUAUCCAUUGAAAGAGACACCCAGAUCACCGUGUAUCUAACCACUGACACAACCUCUGAGCACCUGUAUCCAGAACUUCCAAUGGAUCCACGCAUAGACGUCAUCAGCGUUGGCCACACCACUGUAACUCUGGCUUGGAAACAUAGCCCAACAGUCCUGAAGUACAAGGAAAAGGUGCAGUACUGUCUCCUGAUGAACGAAAAGCACAACCACAAGAGUUUAUGUGCAGCAGAGGCAGCCAUCAGAUUAUCUGGGAUGAAAUCCCAACAACCACUGGCCCUCUCUCUGUCUCCUCAUAUCCUGGACCCUCAGCACGUGACGAUUCUGUCCAAUGGUGCAAUGAACAUGGUGAGCAAAUCCAGCAAUGGGGAGGUGAGGCAGAUCUGUGUGGGCACCAAGAACACCUACACAGUGCCCAACCUUUCCCCCAAUACCCAGUAUUACUUUGAUGUGUUUGUGGUCAAUUUUCUCUCCAAUGCCAGUGCUGCCUACACAGGCACCUUUGCCCGAACUCUGGAAGAACCAGAGCCCAAGGUUACUGAGCUCAAGGAUGGGAAGGUGAUCCAGUUCAACGUGGAUGGGAGGAAACAAAAACCCUACCACUUGCGGUACCAGGCCAAGCACACACAGGUCCAGUUUGCCUUCCAGUCUUGCAGUGGCCAAAUACGAGUUAAAAUAUCCAGGGGUGGAAAGCUGCUGAUGUCCGAGAAUUUUGCUGGCUUAAGACACUUCAUGGUGAAGGGACGGGUGGGCGAUAGAUACUUGGUACACCUGUGGUCUGCAGAGCCUUCCAAUGAUUCAGUGAAGGUCCAGGUGUCCUCCCUCUUCUACAAACCCUUCUUCCCAGUUCUCCCAGAAAGCUUAAAAAUCAAGUCCUUCAGUAAGCUGAGAACUUGUGAUUCAGUCACCAUCGCCUGGCUAGGAACCCAGCAACUGAGCAAAUACUGCGUGUACAAGAAAGAGAUUCAGGAGGACCAGGUGUGGAUGGAAACCAGGAAUGCGGACAGGUGCUCUGGACCUGAACUGAGAAGGAAAGAUGACAAGGUGAUGUGCAAAUACUUCCAUGAUCUCAAUCUACAACGGGCAGUGACAACAGAAACCAUCAAGGGACUUAAUGCAGGAACUGUCUAUUUGUUUGAUGUCUAUCUCAUCGGGUCCUCUGGGAUUCCAGUCAGGUAUUACAGUAAAGUUGUAAAGACACGGAAGAAAUGUUGA